AUGCCAGCACCUCGGACUCCCCGCUUCAGCUUCGCCUACAACAGCAUCCUCCUCGACCACCAAAAGAUCCAGACUCGGCGGGCAAUGAGUCGAGUGAUGGCGAAUUAUCACCUCUUCCUCCGGAAUCAGCCGAGAAAACCACAAUUCAGCCUGCGAGACCUCGAGCCGCGGAGGAGGUGGCAGGUGCCCAAGAUGAGGCAGAUUGAGGAUUGA